AUGGGUGGUAUCUUAAAGAAUGCUUUAUCUCCUGAAGAACAACUCUUAAAAGAAAAGACAGUGAAUGAAUCAACUAGUGAAUUCCGUCAAAAAGUUUAUGAAAAUACGCAAUUGAAUGCAAAAUUGACCAAUAAUAAGAACAAGGAUAUCAACAACAUAAAUAAUGUCUUAACCUCUAAAAAUGAUAUAACUGGUAAUAAAUUUAUACCAAAGGAUACAUUGUUAAUGAAGCGUGAAGAAAUGGCCAAGAUAUCAAAAGAAAAUAAAAAUUCCAGUGGCGAUGAAAAUGCGAAUAUAGACGAAAAUGAAGACGAAAGAUUACAAUGGAACCAAGAAAAUUUAGAACAAAACGAAAUUACCAAAAAGCAAUUUCAAGAUAUCCAUGUUGAUGAACCAAAAACACCGUAUCAAGGCGCUAUGGAUCCAAAUGGUGAGUAUUAUACUAUAGAUGAUGAAGACAAUUUGAACGAUUUUUCUCUAGGAGAACCUGAGAUACAGAUUCCUGAAAGUACUAGUUUACAUGAAGGAGUAACUAUAAAAGAAGAUUCUGAACAAGAAGAAGAAGAGGAAGAGGAAGAGGAAGAAAGUGCAGAAGCUCGUCAUAAAAGGUUCGAAGAAAUGAGAAAGAAACAUUACAACGUUAGACAUCUUUUCAAGAAAAAAUAA